AUGACUACUUUCAUAUUUAAGUAUCUCUUUGGCAAAAUUAAAUUCGGAGAAUCUCUACUUUCACUGGCAAAGCUGCGAGAGAACAGCAGUUUACACGGUGAUUCAAGCGGUUGGUCAAGUCAAGUAUCAUUAAAGACGUCAAGAAAGGCACUUAGUGAAGUAACAACUACUGAACAAGAUGAUUUAGAAUUACCUGUGCCAAAGACUGCGUUAAGUACUGUGCUAGAUGAAGAACAAAGUGAAGUGUUCAUUGAUGCGCCAAAAGAUCUUCCAAAUGAAGUACCAUUUAUAGUGUCAGUAGAUCUUCCAAAUGAAACACCAGUUAUGGCGCCAAAAGAUCUUCAAAAUGAAAUACCAGUUAUGACGCCAAAAGAUCUUCCAAAUGAAAUACCAGUUGUAGCGUCAGAAGGGGUAGCAGUGGCUACGCAAAGUGCUGCGUUAGGGGCAACGUCAGGUGAAGACCACAAUGAAAAGUUAGACGAAAUAUCGGAUGAUGUUACAACAAGCGAACCAAACGAUAUCCAGGCUAUUUUUAAAUUGAUCGAUCCUGAUGGCGAUGGCUAUAUUACACUGGAUAAGCUCCGUCUGACUUCACAGAAACUGGGCCUUAGUUUCACAGAAGACGAGAUGAAGGACAUGAUACAACAGGCAGAUUCAUCAGGAACAGGUCAAGUUAACUAUAAAGAAAUGAAUACACUUUUUGUAGAGACAAAAGUAGCAAUGGACGCAGAACAAAAGCUAAUAUCAGAUAUUGACGAAGCAUUUGAUUUUUUUGACACCGGGCAAGAUGGACGGCUCCGGACAGCUAAGUUGGCCAGUGCUUUAAGGAUUGCAAAUAUGUACCCUACGGAUAAAGACGUUAGAAAAAUCUUGAGAAAAUUAGGAUAUCCAAUUAAAAUAACGUAUAAACAGUUCAGAAAAAUAGCACUUCAAGUGAGCAAGACAGAUAAUGAAAGACUUGUAGCAGCUUUUCAGUGUUUUGAUAAAGACAAUAGUGGAUAUUUGAGUGAAGAAAAACUACGGCAAAUUUUACGUCCAGCAUUAUGCAAUGACUUUACAAAAAAGGACUUAGAGGAGCUUAUUUCUGAUUUUAGCGCCGACGGGAAAAUCGAUUUGGAAGUUUUUGUGGCAUACCUGACGGGACAGGAGCAAUAUUUAUCUACAGCAAAACGACCUAAUAUACACAAGACAGCUUUACAAUUACCCUCGAUAUCAGAGGAGUUCUCGGUGUCUUCGGGACCAACAAAACUGAAACUGAAAAAAAAGUUAAAGUGAUACAGGCGAUAUAAUAAUGUGCAUUCAACAUCCCGAUGGACAGACCUAAUGUAAUAACUAGCACCCGCACAUUCCUUCUCAACAAACUGACUGCUUUUUGUGUCUUUGUCAGGACUGUGUAUACGUACAGCCAAAACAGUUGCAUAUGAUGUUACAUGUACUUAGACACCAAUGAACAUAAGACAGUAGUUUAAUACAAAUUACCUUCUUCUUUAAGGUAGCAGACUUCGAAUAAUUUGCCUCUCACCGAUGAUGGUUCGAAGCCACGCUUGGUGUAUAAAAUACUUCAUGUGAAGAAAUCAUUCAGAGGGCUUACAGAGGAUUUAUUGUUGGACCAUGAAUAACCUUCCCUAAAUAUUUCUAUAAACGGUGACGGAAACAUAAUAUACGUGUAAUAUCUCAGCAAUAAGAUUCAUUGAGAAAAUAUGACUGAUGCACGGUGGAAGACAAUUUAUCAUUUAUUCAAUAUGCAUAGUACCCGUUUGCCGAACUACGCGUUCAAGUGAGAAAUGUGCAGUUGACACGGGCUAGAAAAAUUUUCCCGUUGGUUACCAAGGCUUUCAUAGUAUAACUAGGGGUUGGGUGUAACAUGUACAAUGGCAAUUUCUUUCUGGCCGGGUGUAUCGGUUAUAUAUCGUUUAUUACAUGUGUAGAAAGGCACUAUAUUUCGAUUAGAUAACACAAUGUUAUGAUCUCAAAUAGUGAUGUAAAUUGAGAAUGGGUUCUGAACAUCGUCUUUGUGAGUGAAACAGUUUAACUAAAAUUCCUUCAAGUUGUUUAGAAGUUAUGGAAUGGACACAAUAUUCAAAACUCACUUGUUGCCUUGAUAUUGGGCUGUCGCAGGAACGGACACAAUAUUCAAAACUAACUUGUUGCCUUGAUAUUGGGCUGUCGCAAUUAUAACAAUCAUACUAUAUUUUAUUAGAUUAUUUUGCACCCAUCGCUUUAAAUUAAAGGUGUCAGAUACAGAACCAUCAGACCGGAGGGAUAGAGCGAGACAAAUCCCAUGAGAGAGAGAGAGAGAGAGAGAGAGAGAGAGAGAGAGAUAUGGGGGCUAACCCUACUUACUUAUUACAGCUCUUUGUAAACAGACAGCCUGGUUCUUUAACGUUUCCGGUGUAGAGCAUCGAUAUACGCGAAGCCUUUAUUCCCUGGAAGAACCAGUGAUGGCCUCUAUGUUGGCUGGGAGACAAUCAGGAGUAUGCUAGAAAUUACCAGUGCUUGGGCCGGGAAUGAAACGCCGGACCUCUAGAUUGACUAUGUAACCAGUAUACCACCGGGACAGUCAUAACAACUCAACUAUUGUCUUCAUAAUGUCACAGUCACACAUACGGCUACGUCUAGCCACGGAUAGAAACGUAGUAAUCCGUAUCGAUCCGUAACGAUCGAUACCUGAGCCGUACCUUAAAGUAGUAACCCGUAUUAGUCCGUAACAAUCCGUACGGUUCAGGUACGGGCCAAUACGAAUUACUACGUUUCUAUCCGUGGCUAGACGUAGCUAUCCGCGCCGUAUGAGUGACUGGGGUAUAACGUCGUCUUGAUGAGAUAUGCACAUGUCAUGUCUUAUUCUUCCUUUGAGGUUAGAUGAAAUAUUCACCAGACACAAAACUUGAAACUACGUCCUGUCGCCUUUGACAAUAAAUUAUUGAAUACACUAAGGGGUGAAAAACAAUAUCCAUGAAAUAUAUUUUUAAAUAGUUUUUUUUUAACCUUUUUUAAUACAGAUAGAAUCAUUUGCAUGACUGCAAUAGAGAAACAGACUUCUAAAAUAUUCAAUAAUUCUAUUUCGGUUUAGAUUCAUUUCUGUCAAACUAUGAUUGCGUUGCACUGUCUGCUUUUCGUGUCAUGAGAAUAGUUUAUUGACGUGUAAAUAUGGAAAUAAUAUUUUGAAUUGUGGUUGUAGAAAGUGUA